AUGAUAUCAGAUACCACCUCAAAAAGAGAUUUAUCAAAAGAACUACUUGAAAUCUACAAAAAAGGAUGUGAUGCCUACGAAGAUGACCGAGUAAUAGAAGUAGAGGUAAACUCAUGGUUCACAACGCAUAGCGAACCACCAUCACAAAUAUUCAAGAUAGUAUUCGAACGAAGUAAGGACGAAACAGACUACAAAACGCUUCUCGCGUUCAUGUAUUGCCUAGGGAUAGGUACCGAAAUUGAUAAAUUUGAGAUGUUUCGAUAUUACUUGAUGGCUGCGGAACAAGGGGAUCCAGUUGCUGCGAAUCAAGCAGGAUGGUGUUUCUACGAUGGAGUAGGAACACGCAAGAAUCCCGAAAAGGCUUUUCACUGGUUUCAACGUUCGGCAUAUGGUGGUUAUGCGCUGGGAUUGGAUGCCGCCAAUGAACUCGGAUAUUGUUACCAACUAGGAAUCGGAACACGAUCAAACAAAUAUAAAUCAUCGCUUUGUUAUCGAACAUCUGCCUUUGGGAGUUAUCAAGUGGGAAAAUAUAAUUAUGCGUAUUCUUUCCAUAAUGGGUUUCGUGGAUCGGUGGAUAAACAUCAGGCGAUAUAUUGGUAUCGACGAGCAUUUGAUUGCGGAUACGGGGAUGCGAAGAAACAAUUAGAUUAUCUUUUUAAAACGAUGCAUUUGAUCUAG